GCAGCCUGUUUCGAAAGCUUACAGGGGGGGUGUGCCUGGAAGAAAAUGAAUACAAAUCUGCGAUUGAUUUUCAUAAUGUUUCUGCGGUGUUUUGAAACCAAUCGUUUGAACCUCUGAGAAUCUUACCUAAGUGAACCACUCCUACGCUUCUAAGAAACUGAUAUAUGACAAUAUCUACUUUGGAUCACGUGUCCUGGAGAGAGCGACUAAGACGGAUCGCGCGUCAUCUCGCCUUCCCAAAUUUUUCCCCCUCUGCACAUCGGAUCCAAAACAUCUAUCUAUAGGAGCGCGAAAAGGAGAAAGAUGUUUAACUCAGUCAACCUGGGAAACUUCUGCUCGCAGUCGCGCAAAGAGCGGAGCGCCGACUUUGGCGAGCGGGCAGGUUGCGCUUCCAACCUCUACCUCCCCAGCUGCACCUAUUACGUCCCAGAAUUUUCGACUGUGUCAUCUUUCCUGCCACAGGCCCCCUCUCGCCAAAUCUCCUACCCUUACUCCACCAACCUCUCGCAAGUGCAGCCCGUGCGAGAGGUUUCCUACGGGCUGGACCCUUCCAAUAAAUGGCACCAUAGAAGCAAUUACGCCUCGUGCUACUCGGCAGAGGAGCUGAUGCACCGCGAGUGCCUCCCGCCUUCCACCAUGACCGAAAUGCUAAUGAAAAACGAGAGCGCCUACAGCCACCACCACCACCCCACCACCAACCAUCCGGCGUCCACGGGCUUCUACUCCAGCAUGAACAAGAACAGCGUCCUGCCGCAAGGCUUCGACCGCUUCUUCGAGAACGCUUACUGCUCGGCCACCGAGACUCCGCCGGAGACCUGCUUGCAGAAGGGCGAGAGCAAGCUGGAGACGAGCGAUUCCCAGCCCGGCGCGCUGUCAUCCCGCGGCGAGCCAGGCGUAGACCCGGAAGACGAAGAGGAGAACACCAACCCGGGCUCCUCAGCCUCUUCCUCCUCUGUCAACAAGGAAGGCAGCAAGAGCAGCAGCUCGAGUACCCCCCGCACGAGAAAGAAGCGGUGUCCCUAUUCGAAAUUCCAAAUCCGAGAGCUCGAGAGAGAGUUUUUCUUCAACGUCUACAUCAACAAAGAGAAAAGGCUGCAGCUGUCCAGGAUGUUGAAUCUUACCGACCGACAGGUUAAAAUUUGGUUUCAGAACAGAAGGAUGAAAGAAAAAAAACUAAGCAGAGACCGCCUGCAGUAUUUCUCUGGAAAUCCCUUAUUGUGAACCUAUUUUGUUU